AUGUCUGGCAUCCCUUCUCGCCUUCAGCAGCCUUCGGCAUUCGGUGGCUCACCUCGCAAAAGCGUCCCGAGCAGCAACCCAAGUGAUGCGACAACGGCGACGAACGAGUCAAAGCUGCCAUCUCCGUCCUUGGCUUCCCGCUCGACCCCAGGAGGUGGCAUUCCCGUGCCCUCCGGACCUGCCUCCUCAGCCGCUGCGGCGCCAGGCACAGGUCGUCGAUCUCUUCCUGCUCCUUCAUCGUGGCAUCACCGAGGUGUCUCAGAUGAAGACCGGGUAGAUACACCAUCACGCUUGAGGCAUCCUCAGCUAUCAGCUUCGAUAGCUCCUGCAGCAGCUGGCAAAUCCGAUUCGCCCAUGCCUCUUAAAUCUGCGGCCAGUGCUGGGACUGCUUUGCCUCGGACUCCUGCUCCUCGAAGGUCGUUGGCUCCCAAAAGUAGCUUCGGAGCAUCCAUCGGCUCGCGUACGCCCGGUUUUGGUGCCAGCACUGCCCCAGAAGCUGCGGUGCCACCACCGCCCCUGCCCAAACAGUAUGAGGCCAGCACGAUAGCAUCCACGGCUCGAACUCGUGUGAGAAGCAACAGCACAAAGGCAUCGGAACCGAUCUCCAUCGCGGGAGUUGAGCUGGGCCAGAUUGCACGCUUUGUGAGCGAUGGCCAGACCCUGGAAGGCAUCGUACGGUAUCUCGGUCGUAUUACCGGCAAAAGCGGAGACUUUGCCGGUUUGGAGCUGCUGGGCGAGAGCGAAGGAAAGGGCAAAAAUGAUGGCGUCGUCAAUGGGUGAGUCUGACGGCGGAGCCUUCGCCAUUUGGAACGGGGGGGUUGCAAUGAUGUUUCUAGGGGCCGUGCCGUGUGGUGCGAACGAGGGCUCAUUUCCCUCAUGGCCCUCUUCUACGCGCGCUUCAAAAGGGAGCAAUAUUUCGCGUGUGGACCGCUCUGCGGCGUUUUCUGCAGACCGCACCAACUUCAAGUGCUUCGUGAUUCUGUCAACAACGAAGCCACCGCCAGACCUCAAAGUGCAAUGUCCCAUAGAAGUGGGAGAUCAUCGGUGGCUGGCGAAGCUUACAGCGGAAGAUCUUCAACGUCGAUGAGCAUGAGGAGAGCAGAUACACCGGAAGGUCCGCGUGCGAGCAGACCUCCCUCCAGUAUGGCCAACUCGCUUCGUCGACCGACCUCCCGCCUGUCUCUCUCGGCUUCGCGCAAUGCGUCUGCUACGCCUCACUCCAGACCUCCGUCUUCAAUGUCACAAACAAGCGCAACCAGCUCAAGACCGGACUCGAGGCUUGCACCUCGCAAAAGCCAUGCGGACCUGUUGCUGGAUGAAGAUGGUCGCAAACGAGCAAAGAUGAGCGCAAAGGCCGCAGCGGAAGCAGAAGCGCGCAUUCGAGAGGGUAGCAGGGCGUCAAAGUUUAUGAAGGCCUCAGCUGCUGACUUGGCUGCGAAAAGGGAAGCGGGAAUGGAAGAUGCCGGCGAACCGCGCUCGAGUAGUCCCCUGAAAGACUCGUUGAUGGGACGGGCUCGUUCGAGCCUCGGAGGUGCUGCCGGGGAGGCAGCGAAGGGCGGGGUGGCCGGAGCUCGAUGGCGCACGUCUGGAGCUGAAGCACCUGGCUCACCCCACGUCACUCCACGGCCUAUGAAAGCACGUUCUAGCGGUCCCGCUCUCACCGCAGGAGACAUGGGUCCGCCCGGCAGUCCAACUCGCGCAAACGGCGCUUCUUCGCCUCGGAAGAGCGUUGGUAGUCGCCCGACCAGCUCUCUUUCUGCGCACAUGGCCAACGCAGAUGGUGAAGAUGAGCCGCGCACCCCGCUCAAGUCCGUCAUGGCUAGACUCAACGGGCAGACUGCUGCGGGAUCGGAAAGCAACGAGCAGGUUGCUGGUCGACGCGGCCACACCGCCGAACGCUCCAGCGUCCAUUUGCUUCUGGAGGAAAUGGACCUUACUCCUCGACGACCACCCACUAUUGAUUCCAAGCGGCUCUCCACAUCGACCCGCCACGAUCCUUCAAUUGCUUACCCAGUCAGCAUUGAUGAAGCAGACACACGCAGUCCUAAGCGCGAGCGUAGUCGAAGUCGCAGUCCCAUCAAAGCGGGUGUGUCUAGCUUCGAGCAUGAAGAGCUAAAGAUAGAGCUACAAAGGCUCAAGGAGAACAUCGAAAAGCUUGAGACGUCGGCGUCUGCUGCUGCGUUGGACCAUGCGCGAGAGAAGGAGCGUGUCCGAGCAUCGACGGCUGAAGAGACGCGCAGAGAAGUCGAGGAGGAGCGCACAGUCGAGAAAGCAGACGAAGCUCGCAGACGACGAGAAGCCGAGGAGCGCGAAGCCGCCACCAAACAGCGAGCAGCACAGGCACACGCGGACGAAAUGCAACGGGUGCAAGCGGAAGGGGAGAGAAGAGUGGCUGAUGUCGAGAUUCGCCUCAGGGAAAGUGAGGCGCUGGUCAAUGAUCUUCAAGCAUCCAUCGGCAGCUCUGAAAGGGACGGAGAGGCGCUGAAAGCGAAGGAGGCGGAGAUCACGCAUCUCAAGGAGCGUGCGCAGCGCGUGGAGCAGACACUCGAGGCUGAGCGAGAGAAGGCGAAAGCCGAGAUUCAAGACCUGCUCAAGAGCGGAAGCGAGAUGAGCGCUAUUUAUGAGGAAGAUGCGAAGAAGAGAGAAGAAGAGGCCGAACAGCGCGUGCAGGAGGCUGAGGCUCGUCUGCGAGAGUUUGCGGACAGGGCUCAGACUGCUCUUCAAGAAGUGGAAGCUCAAAGGGAGGCGGCGCUUGCUCAAGUGGCGGGACGCGUGACUGCAGCUCCGGACAGCGCGGCUGCCAUCGAUCUGCAAACCGCGACGGAGCAGCUUGCGCACGAAAAGGCCAAGGCGAGCGCGCUCGAGGACCAAUUGGAAGAGCUUCGACACAAGCUGGAAGAGGAGAGGGAGAAUGCUCGGAAGAGGAAAGAGCGCACUGCGGAGGCGGAACAGAAGCUGCGCGAUGAAGGUAGGAAAGCAAAGGCGGAUGUGGCACGAAUGAAGCAGGACAAGAUGGAGGCUGAGAGCAAGGCCGAAGAGCUCGACCAUGCGCUUCAAGCUAGUCGUGCGGCGCUCGAGAGCGAGCGCGCCGAGGUGAGUCGACGGCCGAUGUGCCAUUUGGCUUUCUUUGCGCUUACGGAGACGAAAACUUUUUGCCUGAUAAGCUGGAAACCAUGCGAGCUGAGGCUCAAGGUCUAGGUGGAGGACCGAGCGAGGUGGAAGAGCGUGCAAGCGCAGACAAAGCCCGACUGGAGGGCGAGAUUGAGAGGCUCAACACUCUUCUGGAAGCGGCGCGUUCCGGCAAGCGAGAGGCCAGUAAGGAAGCCGGAAGGUUGCGCAUCGAGAUGGAGGAGCUGCAAGCGAACAUUGCGGAGCUGCAGGGACACUUGCCCGCUCGUGCUUUCAAGUCUCCUGCGACGUCCGCUGCGGCUUCCACGCGCAUGUCUCGAGAGAUCAGCAACGCCAGCCCGAAGCCUGGAACAUCUCCGUCAGUUGAUUCCAGCGCCUUUGCGAACGGUACCGAAGCAGCUGGAAUCUCUCCCUCGUUGCAGCACUCUCGGCGUAUUUCGAACGCAAGCUCCACUAGUCGACGCUCUCGAGGCUCUCUUGGGCCUUCUGCUCAGUCUGCGAAGGACGAACUCACGGGUUUGCGCAUUCUUGUCGGCACCCUGAGCGAGGAGGUCAGCGGCCUAAAGGUGAGCAAACAAGAUCUACAAGCUUCUCUCGAAGAGACCCGCCAUGAGCUGUUGGCUGCCCGAGAGCAGAGGUCGACGCUGGACCAUCAACUUGCAGAUCUAACCAGAGAGUUGGGCGCUCAAGGCAAAGGGGACGUGGUCAAGCUUACGACAGAGCUCAACGAGACCAAGGCGGCCCUUGAUCGCUCGCUCAAGUCCAUCGAGACGAUGGAACGCCAACUCAAAGAAGCCAAUGAUGCGCACGAGCGAAGCCGAGUCUCUUUGCAACAAGAAAUUACAGGUGCGUGACGCGGGCUCACCCUGAAGGUUUUGGCAGCACGUUGCUCCAACUGACGUUCCUUCGCCUUCUGUGCCCUGCCAGAUCUGGAAGCUCUCUGCGAAGCCUCGGUUUACCGACGAGAUGAGCAGCAACUCAUCUGCGAGGAGCUGGAGCGCAAGGUUGCCAAGCUGCAAAGACAGAUCGAGCGAAGCUCGAGUACCGCAUCGCUUGUGGCAGACAAGACCGUAAACGAACCAAUGCUGGAGACCAAGAAGGUCAACCCACCGAAGUCUUCGAGAAGAUCGAAUGAAGAUGAUGUUUUCAGCUCGACGAAGGCAGACGCGCAGCAGGAACGAUCGACGAACGGGACGAUCGAAACGGCGAGAGUUGUCAGAACACAGCAGCCUGAGACGCCUGCGCCUGCAGCGUCCGUUCCAACAACGCAGGCGACAUCGACCAACGUUGACGACGAUGACGACAGACCAUUCUGCGAUGGUGAGUAGACGCUGGUCCUGUGCGCACAGGACGUCAAUCGACUGCUCACAAAUUCCUAUCUCUCCUGCUCUUCCUACUAGAUUGCGAAGAGUAUGGGUGCGUUUGAUCACCUGACCGGAGAGUAUCGUGGAUCUGAACUAAUUUUCUUCUCCCAUCGCGCUUGUGCAACGCUCCUUGCAGACACACCCUUGAGCGUGAGUCUUGCUUGGCCGAUACGGCGCGUCAUCUCUCAGCUAAGCCCCCCCUUCCCCCCUUUCCCCUUUUUUCUUUCUUUGGCUCUCGCAGAGUGCACCAUCAAUGACGUCUUCUGA